AUGGAGUGUCUCGUUGCUGCACCUACCGAGCCUGCCGCUACGAUGGCAGCACAAAGCGGCCUCGAGCCGUUUCGCCUCAUGGACCUUCCCACAGAAUUGCGCCUCAUGAUCUACAAGCGACUCCCUCGUCAGAUCAAGCAUACUGAGCUUCGAUAUGACGACGGCCUUGAGGUUGACUCGGUCAUCCUGGUCACACGUCAACUUCCAACGGCUCUAUUGCGUGCAAGCCGUGAAAUAUACGCUGAAGCGCACGAUAUUGUUGCCGCUCUGAUUCGGACCUUUGUGAAAGAGUCGCAGCCAAGGGUCAUCGAACAUGACUCCUACGUGCAAAUGCUUGAUGUCCUCAGAGCUGUUUCGACAGAACGUGAAAGGCUUGCUCCUGGUCGAUCCUGUCUUAUGAUUAGAGUCAGUCAAAGACACCCAGAAUUUGUCUACCACCCCGAGGAAACCGAACCACCUCGCGAGGUCACACAAUUUAUCUGUCAAGCUACAUUAGCGACCAGCAACACUAUCGCGAUUAUAUCUUGCGUCGAUUUCGACAGCACAGCAGAUCACUGUCGUCUGGUUCGGGAAGCUGAUAGGCGAAAGGACAUUAUAAACACAACGCUCCAGCGUUCGUAUCGCCCAGAUCCGUGUGCUCAAGUGGAUGAGACCUGUAUGGUUCUCCAUGCACCUGAUGGGGAGAUUAAGCUGACGGCCACCAACACUCCCGCCAAACUUGACUGGAGGGAGUUCUAUGAAUCCAAUUGCUUCAACGAUGUCUCGACUACUCAUAUCAGCCAGGAAACUUGGGUCGAGGAAUGGCUACCUUCUAUGUAAAGGGUUUGGAGAUCUUUGUUCAUGCGGCCCCCAAAUGUAACUACCGGACUCUGCGCCCAUGUGGGAAGAUUAUGACCCGCUGCGAAUCUCUCUAGGGUGCCAUUAGUCUUCAGGCGGUCUUGUACUUCCAGCUCCUUUAUACGAUUAAAAUGAUUAGAGCACAACACCAAGGUAGAAGCCCAAAAAUUACGAACUCUGCGUCUCAAACAUUCUGAUGCUUCGCAUGCGAACUUCAAUGUUAUAAACUUACCAUAUGCCGCCAUUCACUGUUGGUGAAGAAGCUGCUAACCAGUUUCGUCGCGCUCAUCCAGCCGAUCAUCUCCGACCGUCAGACGCUUGG